CAGCCGCCGCCCGCCCGUCGCAGCGCCGGCGCUGCCGCGGUGCCCGGCAGGGAAGAUGGCGCCGUCCCACGUCCUCAAGUGCUGCCAGAAGGUGCUGGCUUGGGUGCCCGUGGCCUUCAUCGCCCUGGUCGUGGCCUGGUCCUACUACGCCUACGUGGUGGAGCUGUGUGUGUUUACUAUUUCUUCAACUGCAGAAAAAGUUGUCUACCUUGUGGUUUUUCAUCUGUCAUUUGUCAUGUUUAUAUGGUCCUAUGGGAAGACAAUUUUCACAUCUCCUGCAACCCCCUCUAACGAGUUCUGCUUGUCAAAAGCUGAUAAAGAACAAUAUGAAAAAGAAGAGAGACCAGAAUCCCAGCAGGAGAUUUUGAGAAGAGCUGCCAAAGACUUGCCUAUCUAUACGACAACAGCAUCGAGAGCAAUCAGAUACUGCGAUCGAUGCCAGCUAAUCAAACCUGACCGCUGCCACCACUGUUCUGCAUGUGACGUAUGUGUACUAAAAAUGGACCACCACUGUCCAUGGGUGAAUAAUUGUGUGGGAUUUUCUAACUACAAAUUCUUCCUCCUGUUUUUAAUGUAUUCCUUACUGUACUGUCUGUUUGUUGCUGCUACAGUCUUGCAGUACUUCAUAAAGUUUUGGACAAAUGAAUUGCCAGAUACCCAUGCAAAGUUCCACGUACUGUUCCUUUUCUUUGUGGCAGCCAUGUUCUUCAUCAGCAUACUGUCACUCUUCAGCUACCACUGCUGGCUAGUUGGCAAAAACAGAUCAACCAUAGAAACAUUCCGUGCACCCACAUUUCGAAAUGGCCCUGAUAAAAAUGGGUUCUCUCUUGGAUGCAGCAAAAAUCUGAGGGAAGUUUUUGGAGAUGAAAAGAAAUAUUGGCUACUCCCUAUCUUUACCAGUUUGGGUGAUGGGUGCAAUUUUCCAACUCGUUUGGUGAUUAUGGAUCCAGAGCAACUUACUGUCUCAAGCCAAAAUGAAUCUGCCAAAAGCUCUGGAUCCAAUCAGUCCUUUCCUACUCGACCACUCAGUGAAUCACAAAACCGAUUGCUAGCCGGUGAUUGUCAGUGGGUGGAAAGUGGCCCUGAAGAGGCAAACGUGAAAUCAGGUGCAAAAAAGCAUAUUAUAGUUUCAUUGGAAAGCUGAUCUCAGCUUAUUACUAACCAACCAUCUCAAUGAGAAACAGGUUUCUGCAACACAUUUUGAACUUGAAUAUUACUUAAUUUUGUUUCAAAGAAGUUGAGCUGGAAAAAAUGGAACAUGAACAUUUUAGGAAGAGACAAGAAAUUCAAGUUUCUGCACAGUACAAUGGAUUCUUGUAAGCACUAUUGCAGAGCAGGGAAGUUAAGACAGAUGCCUUAAGAUUCUAAAUGUGCAUUUAUGCAACACUGAAUUAUAUACUGCUACCAAAGGGCCAGAUCCUGAAGUGCCCUGCGUGGAUGCACAAGGUCCAGAGUGGGAACUAUGCAUUUUUAUUAUGCUGCAGUGGUGGGGGUAGAUUGCAGAGACUCCUACCUCCUCAUGGGCAAACUUCAUACCUUAGGCACUGCAGAAGUCACUUCCAUAGCAGGUCUCCAGAGUACAGAAGGAAACAUAAAAGGAGAAGGAAGGAAAAAAAACCAAAACAAAACAAGAGAAGAAGAAUUAGCAUAAAGCAUUAGCUGGUGAAUCUGAAGUGCGAGUAUACAUCGUUCAGAUGCGAGGUGAUGGGGAAGGGACUGGAUGAUGUCUUCUUCCCUCCUCCUGUUAACCAGUCUACCCCAUGAUCAUAGCUCUCCAAGUCUUUCAGGACUGAGAGUUCCUUCUACUAGCUGUGCUUUGGAGUAAGGCAAUGCCAACAGUGUAAAAGCCUUUUAACUUGGGUGUUGCUUUUUUGCUAUAGCAUUGAGCCUCCUCAUCAUUUUAACUUGAUUUAUUUAACCAUGUCAAGAACAGAGCUCAAAGAAGAAAACUUGGGGUUUAGUUGAAAAAAACAUCGAUUAUUACUUUCGAAGGUCUGUCUGUCAGCAUACAAAGAGAAGCCAAUCCAAAAAGGAAUUAAUUGUUACAUUUGGUGUUACUGUUUGCAGUGUUUCCUGUGAGGCAGCAACAAAAUGGUAAAGUACCCCUGAGAAAAACCUUAUUGCAGUUGUGUGAUGUUAGAAAAUGGAACCAGAAGAGUGCUGCUUUUUCCAUGGGUCUCUUGAUGGUUUAUAAAUACUGUUUUAUACUUUUGUUUUAUCUUUUUAAUAAAGGCACAAGGUUUUAUUGGUUCUAAAGUACCAUUUAAACAAAUAUCAGGUACUUAGAAGAAAAUCAGUCUUGAAUCAUAUGUCUGUGUUAGCACACUGAAAAAUUGCAUACUGUAGUGUCCCACUUUCAAGUCCAGUUUAAGUGAUGCUGGAAUUGCUGAAGACUGAGUGCUUUGUGCAGUGAUAUACAUGUUCACAAAAGGCAAAAUGUAUUUCCUCUGUAUGGAAUCAAGUCCAUCCAUAGCUCAAGACCUACAGCAAACAACAUAAGGGUUUUUAUUUCCUCACUUCUCUGUAGAGAAAACUGCUAACUCAUCUUUGAGUGGUAUUGGAAUUUUGCACCUGGAAAAAGUGACAAAUACUGUUUUUCUGUCUUUAACUUUUCUGAUGUUCAGCUGAUGCUGAUUACAAAUAUACAUGAGCCCUUUUGAUACAGACUGCAGGUAGUAAUCGAGUUGUUGAUCUAGUCCAAAGGAACCUGUUUGUUUUGUCUCCCAGACUGAUUGCUACUUCCGUUAAAUAUGUUUAUGAUGGAAAUACUAAGGUAUGGAGUAUACUCUGAGGUUUAAAAUAAGGUUUUUUUGUCUUUGGAAAUAAUAAACUUUUCUUAAAUAUUCGUCUUCUGGAACAAGAACUCUUUGAGAAUCUAUGAACACGAUUUGGUCACUGUUGGAUGUUCUUGAGACAGAAGUAAUGGUCCAAACUUGCAUGUUUUAUAAAAGUUGCAUAAUGUUUCUUCAAAUUUGUACGAGAAAUUUUGCAUUUGCUUAUUUCAGAACUUACAAAAACAUUUGCUACACAUUAAACUGAAAGGUUUACCUUUUUUCUUCUCAAAUGUCAAGUGAGAUGUGCUCAUCUGAAUAUAAGCUCUCAGCAAUACUGCAUCAGCAAAAUUUCAUGGGAUAGAUAACAGAGAGAAGACUGCAAUUUCAAAUGGCUUAUUCUGAAUACCAAAAUUUGCAGCCCCAAAAACUGGUGGAACUGUAACGGAGGGCCUGGGAUAUCAUCUGGCUUUUACUGCAUCAGUGCAUUAUAGGUGAAAUAACACAUCCAUGCACAGACAUCAUCUAGCAGGACUAUAAGCAAAAUGUAUGUCUCAUAAGUAUCACUGAUUCAGCAAUAUGGUCUCUGCUCCCCCAGCCACUCCCCAAAGAGCUUGAUAUACCCCCAUAUGAAUGUAUAUAUACUGUAGGCUAAUAUCAGUAUAACUUGGUUGAUUUCUUAAGUCAGGACCAUGAAUCUACAGGAAAAACUGUAAGUAAACAGAGUGAGCUUAAUUCUGUGUGCGUUCUCUAGCAAGCACUGGUCUUGUGAAACCAGUUCUUUGUAUAUCUGAGGGACAUUUUUGUGGCUUUUCAUGAAGAACUGAUGCUUCUGACAUCUUUAUGCAGAUCACAGGAAUAUUUUGUCCUAGAUUUUUUUCAUAUUUGAGGUGAGAAAAGGAGGAGAGCAGUGGGCUUUAGGAUACUCCUGAGGCUGGAGUUACUGUUGGUGUAAAAGUAGGCAUUACUGAAAGUCACUUUGACAAAAUGAAACACAGUAAAAUAAUUCAAAAUGAUUCUUUCAAAUUCACCACCCCCGAGCCCCCCCCCUUUCUUUUCCCCUUGGGGAACUGGUGACUAAGAAACCCCAGGCUGAUACAAAGGAUUUAAGUUCUCUAAGGUAAUUGUAUUGAACUCGAGGGCAUGCCAGUGAGUGGGAGAGGAGGUUAGGUUUUCCUGGCAGGCGUGGACUUUGGAGGAGGUAUCCUGUCCAAAGCAGCAGGAUGACAUCUUCUGUCUUAGAGUUGUGUCCUGACAGCUCCCUGGCUUGUGCUGUGUCAGACAGGCAGAAUGAGGGAGCAGGAUGGCUGUUCGGCUGUGGGGUUGCAAGCAGCCAGGGCACUGCAGCAACAGCAAGUAGGUACUUUUGGCCUGUGCACUGAAGAGCUGGAAACUUCUAGUGAAUGCAGUGAGGACAACUCUACAUGUCCAGGAGAUUGGAAGGGAGAUGGAUCCUUAGAAAACAACUGUUCAGGGUGUUGGGCCAUGUGGCAUAUACUGUUUUGUGCUUUAACCUACUCUGUAUCAUGGAGUCUUGAAAAUACCUAGAUUGUCACUAAAAACAGCAGCCCUUAAGCUUUUAGAUCCAUUAAAAUAUUUACUAUUGCAAGCCAUACAUAGUAGUUACUGUAGGAUAGUUGAAAUUACCUGCAAUUAGAAACUGCUUUUGUAUUUCUUACUGCUUUUCUCUUUUAAAAAAAUCCACACACUCAAAGAGCCAAAAAAUGGCAUUAAAUCCUCAGUGUGAGGACAAAAAUCUAAUGUAGAGCAAGAUUUUAGUGUGAUUUCCCCUCCAGAAUUCUGAAAUGUCUUGAAAUAAACCUGUCCCUGUGAAGAUGAGGGGAAAUCCAUAAAUAGAAAUGACUUAAAACUACACAGCUAAUACUGUUUUUUUUCUUACUCUUAUUUAUUCACAGCAUGUACAACAUAAAAAUCAUUGCUGCACCUACCAAAGCCGUAUUUAUGGGAGGAGGGCAGGGAAAGGAGUUGGCAUGUGUCAUAACUGACUUCCUUCAGUGUUAUUCUCAGACUGCAGUGACAUAACUCAGAUGUGUGACAAGCUUUGAUUAAAAACCCCCAUUUUAAAUAUUCGGAUGGGUUUUUAGAGGGAGUUUGGGCACUACUCUUUUUAGUGAUUUGAAUAGAGAUUACAGUAACGUUUUUGUUAAAGCUGCCCUUUGAGUGUGGAAUUUGCAGGUACCAAGCUACUUUUGGUGUGCUAUUCUUAUAAACCGGUCAGUUUUCAGGUACUGUUUUUUUCCUUUGUGUGGCUCUUCAGUAUUAAUUAUAAAUCAUCUUUUGGGUUGGGAGGUUUUGAUUAAUUUCAGUACCAUUCGGUAUGCACGCAAAGGCCUUCAUGAUCUCUCUGAAGUAUGGUUCAGUUGUAGCUAACCAGAGCCCCAAGAGGGAAACAGCAGCGUUUGCAAGCAGCGUUUGUGUCUGGCAGAUUUACCAAGAGAUGUAUUGACUCUGAUGUGGAUUGACCAGAGCUGCCUGGAUCUGGAGCACUGACUGACCAGGUUUAUUAAAAAUAUAAAAAUAAAAGAAAUAAUACAAAACAAUGACAGCUUUGAGCUCCAUAAUCUAUGUUCUCUGAGGACACCCUCUAAAAUGGAAUCUAGCAGGGGGAUUUGGAUCUGCAUUUAGAGAGGCUGCAAACAGCAGCUACUUGAAUGCAGAGCACAUCAAGGAUGUGUCUUUCCCAGUACCUAAAAAACAGCAAGGUAUGCAAUGCUAGAGGCUCUUCUAUCCCUAAAUGGCACCAAAGAGAGCAGCUGCACAUGAAGUGAUUUAAUACUGAACAUAUUUACUACACUCAUUUCUAUCAAUUUAUUUUGUAUAUAUAGCUUUUUAUACACAUUUUUCUUAAUUACGUAACUGUCAUAAAACAUUAUGAAGUUGUAGUUUGUUUCAAUGCUGAUUAAAACUGGUGUUUGGCUGUUUGUUUUCUGCAGCAAUUACUUGAAUCUUGUUUCCAUUAGGUAGUGAAGUCUGAUAAUGUUUACAGGAUGGCUUUCUUUGGUUUGGGGGGGUUUCCCCAUCUUAAUUCCCAGCCCCUGCCCCAAGAAACAGAGAGCUCAUGCUGAGCAGUCAAGCAGAUGCGUCAGGGAUGAAGUAUUUGGAUCGCACUUAAUUGUUACCAAAGCAUUCAUGGUGACAUGCAGAGUCCCUUACGUUUACAUUGCUUAGCUGACCACUACACGCUUAGUGUAAUCCUCUGAUUUCCCCUGUCCCUGAGCCCGUUGUUAUCAGCUUUGUCGUGGAAAACCUAAAUCUUUCUGAAUGACAAUUUACAAUCAUAAAACUAUCCCAGAAAGAGGCAGCAUUCCUGCUGUUAAGUCUGCCCCCUUUUGAACACUUAAGAUGAAUGAAACAUCCCUGGGUUAUCUCUGCAAUUGCUUUUGUAUUUGCCAGCAAGGGUCAUCAACAUUUGCACUAAUCACGACGUCCCAGCUGUUCUGCUUCCACAUGGUUAUUUUUAAUUGUGCUGCCUAAACUUGUAAUGAGUUGUAUUUAAAGUUUGGGGUGAUGUGUAAAAGAGACAUGUAAUAAAUACGCACUUACUGUAUUUUUUUGUAUGUUACAGAUAGGACUAGUCCUAUGCACAGAGAAAACAUUGCCAUUUAUAGUUUAAUACUUGAAGUAACUUUUUAAACGGGCUUUUCUAAAGGAAUUAAAUACAAAAUCACAUUGCUUUGCCUGGAAGUUCCUUCAUGUUUUAAUUGUAUUCGCAAUUUCCCCGUAUGUAUACUUUUCCAUAGAAGUUCUCUUACGCCGUUUAUAACCAAUGGAAGUGCAUUCAAGAUUUUGUACAUCAGUGUUCAGACCUGUUCAUACUUCUCUGAAGUACAGUUCAUGUUUAAAUAAAAAAGUACCAUUUUAAGCCUCUUUUCCAAAGUGAUAUGAAUGGACUUGACACUUGAAUUCAUUGCUGAAUGCAACAUCAACUUAAUAAAAGUAUGUGAAA